GCGCUGGCUGCCCCGGCGGCGGAGCGCCGCGCUCCCCGGUGGCAGGGGCAGGGUGGAGGCCCGGCGGCCUCGGAAGGAGUGGGGUGGUGCAGGGGACCGCACGGAGUCGGUGGUGUGAUGGACGCUGUUGACUGCUGCGUAGCGGGAGCCUUGGGAAGCUAGCAGUCUCAGCUGCUGCUGGACUAUAAGGGUUCUAGCAUUUUUUUUUUUAUUAUUCCUAGCUAUUUGGAAAAAAAGGUUUUCGUUUCAUAUAUUUCUUAUAAAUAAUCCUGAAAGGGGUGAUGUCAUUAGGCCUUGGAUAUUGGAAUCUGGUGCAGGAAGGUGUCAUGCAGAACAAGGUGGUAGGGUUUGAAGAGGUGGGGGCCGUUAAUCAGUGUCGUGAUGGAAUCCAAUUCUGUUUAGAACCUGCACUUGCAUCGGGAGCCAUGUGGUCAGCUGAUGAAAUUGCUGAGCUAUGUUACCUGCAUUAUAGGACCAGACUCCCUAAGCAGGGGAAACCGGAUCCAAACAGGGAAUGGACUUCACUGGCAGCUGUUGUCAAAGUGGAGUCUUCCACCCAAAGAGAGGUUCUUGCUAGUCCAGGGAAUCUGCAGGUAACGAAGGAAAUUGUUGCUAUGGGAACCGGAACAAAAUGUAUUGGCCAAAACAAAAUGAGAAAAACUGGAGACAUUCUGAAUGAUAGUCAUGCUGAAAUUGUGGCCAAGAGGAGCUUCCAGAGGUAUCUCCUCCAUCAGAUAUGGCUGGCAGCUUCACAUCAGCAGUGCAGUAUCUUUAUUCCAGGAACUGAAACUGGCAAAUGGAAACUCAAACCAAAUACCAUAUUUGUUUUCUUCUCCAGUCAUACCCCAUGUGGAGAUGCUUCUAUUAUUCCAAUUAGCGAACCAGAGAACCGGCUUUCUAAGCCAGUGGCUGGAGAUGAUGCAGCUGGGCAAUCAGAGCAUAGAAGUAACCGUGAUCAUUUGGGUCCAGAAGAUAAAAGGAAAUCAGAGAAAAUGGCAAGUAAUCACAUAAUCAAGAGAAUGAAAACUGACGAUGAUGGUUAUUUUUCUGUAAUCCCUGAAGACCUGACUGUUCAGCAAGUAUCUGUGAAACGGGAAGACGACACAAAUCCAAAGAGCUGUGAAUGUUCUGCAGACAUGCAAACAGCUAAUAAGGAGACUGGCUUAGGGAGGCCGAAGGUAGUAGAUGUUUACAGAACUGGAGCAAAAUGCAUACCUGGAGAGCUGGGUGAUGCCCGAAUACCUGGGCUGGGGUAUCACCGUGUGGGAUUAUUACGAGUGAAGCCAGGUCGUGGGGACAGAACAUGCUCUAUGUCCUGCAGUGAUAAACUGGCUCGCUGGAAUGUGUUAGGGUGUCAAGGAGCUCUUCUGAUGCAUUUCCUGCAGUAUCCAGUGUAUCUGUCAGCAAUUAUAGUGGGGAAGUGUCCAUAUAGCCAAGAAGCUAUGCGGAGAGCAAUUGUUGAAAGGUGUCAGCACAUCUCAUUUUUGCCAGAUGGUUUUCUCCCUCAGGAGGUUAAGCUGCUGCAAUCGGAUCUUCGAUUUGAACACAGCCGCCAGGCAAUUCAGGAAGUUCAAACUAACAGCAAAACAAAACUUGUUCCUUGCAGUGCGGCUAUCAGUUGGAGCGCAGUCCCUGAGCAACCUCUGGAUGUCACCUCAGAUGGCUUCCGGCAGGGAACGACAAAGAAGAGGAUUGGGAGCUAUCAGAGCAGAUCCAAGAUCUGUAAAGUGGAACUCUUCCAUACAUUCCAAAAGCUGGUGACAAGUAUUUCACAAGAGGAUCUACCAGACACUCUCCGGAUGAAGACUCUAGAAACUUACUGGGACUACAAGGAAGCUGCAUUAAAUUAUCAAGAAGCCUGGAAAGUACUGCGUAGCCAAGCCCUGCUGGGUUGGGUCAAGAAUGCCACGGAAUACCUGCACUUCACAUGAGAAUACAUGCGGCUAUGUAAAUCCAGCAAUAAGCCCUGGUGCACAGCAGAUACAUCUGCAAUUCAAGGGCCAGGAAAAGAUGUCCUCUAGUUCAUGUGCUGUAAGGAGACAAGGGUGAAAAGGAAAGCAAUUUAGAGAAGUCUUUAUUUUGGUUGAGUUGAAGCUCCCUUUUUAUUGAAAUAUAGAAAAGGAUCAUUGCAGACUUAAAGUACUGAGCUGCAUGAAACAAUAUGCCUCCAAAAGAAAGGAAGCAGUGAUGUGCUAUCCCCUGUUAUCUGAGGAUAUGAUCUAUCAGCCAUAGUCCAUUGCAGUGGAAGUAAUGUCAACUGAAAUUGAAGCAGUGCUAUGGAAGAAAGGCUGUCAUUGUAAAAUUUUAGUGCUGCUUUUUUCUUUCACUCUUCAUAAUGUUAUGGUUGGUUUUGUGUUGCUGGGACAACCCUAAUGUAUAGUAAGUAGUAUUUUUAUAACUCUUGGCUCUCCUUGUCUGUUGCCUGGAAGAAUUUUCUGUGUCCCCAGGCCCAUUGCUUCUAACUGGAAAUACUAGUUCUGUUAAAGGGUCUUUUUUCUGGCAGUCCUUCAUAUAAGCUUCUAUUUACUAAAUAUACCCAAAGCAGAAGCAAAAGAGUGCUGGGGAGAAGGCUGUGCCAAAUAAUACCACUUAUGAUAUUCCAUGCAUCUCUCUUAAUUUCAGGACUUUGCCAGAUACCCUUUGAACUGCUUUGCUUCCAUGGACAGGAAAGAAACCUCCUGAAUUACCCGGUUCAAACCUGUCAAUCCUGUCUAAUUCCAGGCAAACAUUUACCUACUUUCUAUUGUUUCAAGCACUGUCCAUCUCCCUGUCCCCCUGUGAUACAUGGUAAAUUAAAAGCAGGGAUGCCUUAGCCAUUUAUGUCACUGUUUCCUGGCAAGUGUUCAUUAACAGCCUGGCAAAGGUGGAGAUGCUUUGGGGGGGACUGGAAGUAGUCUCUGGCAGCCUUUGUGUUUUAUUACCACAUAACAUCUGCAUGGCAAAACAGUCAACAUUGUGAGCUGCGGGGAAACGGUGGGUAAUCCUCCUUAAACUUUCUGUCCCAAUUGUUGCCUUUUGUGAGCAGGACUAUGUAACUGCUGCUGAGCACACUCCCCUUUUGUACUUUUUCUAUUGUAAACUACAAUUCAUAAAAUGUUUGGACAAGGCAAUGGCAGGAUGAAAGAAGUGGAUAAUUUGGAACUUAAGAAUUCUUUAAUGAUUUUGCUUUUCUGUUCUUUGGUAUCUUACUAUAGUUCUGGAUUUGAAAAAUGGGCACAACAGUUCUCCAAACAGCCUUUACAGUCAGCCUACUGAGCUACAUACAGGACCGAACAGUACAUAUCCAUAUCACAUUGCAGUCUGAGACUUGAUUACAGCAAAUCCUUUUACUUCACACUUGGGUUGACUUCUCAAAUAAGAAUAGUUCUCUCUUACUCGUUGCAUAAAUAACAAAGAACUUGAAUUCUGUGUAUAUAAGCCUGUCCUCUCAAAUCCAGCACUAAAAUGCAGAAAGAACAGUUGUAUUGAUGAGGGGGGGAGUCGCUGUAUGUGUUUGUAGAGGGCAGGGGAUUAUGGAGAAUGGUGACUUGCGUUAGUCAUCAGAGGAUGAAAAAUGGCCAGAUGCCAUUGCAGAUGGGCUACAGGGUGAACUGCUGAAGAGAAAUGGUACCAGUUAUUGUAAUUGAGCAAACAGCAUUCCAAGGGCAGAGUCCUGUAGUGUACCUAAAGAGAUAACCAGUAAAUUUGUCCUUCCCUGAAAUCUUGCAGAAACUAUACCUUAAUGUACCUAGUUUCCCUUUGUUAAUCAACAAGGCCUGUAGUGACCCUGCUGGCCAGACUGGAAUGUUCCCAUUUCCUAUCCAGCUGCAAUAUUAAAAUGGGUUAUAUAAGGCUAGUUGUUCUGUAGUCUUGGCAUCAGACUAGUUUUCAGAUGAGCAGUUACAUGAUGUAAAUUCUUUUAACUCUUUCCUAAAAUCUGAGCCUGGCUGUUAGGAGAGAUUGUUCCUGGUAAGAUCUUCCCGUGCAUUUGUAAAAUACUUGUGAACUGUAGACUGCUGCUUUCUGCUACUUAACAGGUUUAAAAGUAGUUGUAGAGGUGCUGAACACUGAUAUUAACCUCAUUUUUUGGAUGGAGUUGAGGACCUAUUUAAGCCUAGAGUGAGUCAAUGAAUACAUGAAGAGAGGGAGUAUAAGCUCCUGCAGGCUUAGCCCCUCAGCUUUUUAAAUGGUGCUUUGUUUUAGCUCCUUUCCCUCUCUGGCAUGCCUGGGAUUGAAAGUAAGUAUUUAAAUGCUGCAUCUGUUUAAUUCCAAAAUGUCAGCAAAUGCUGUAGGCAGUACUGAGAAACCGCUCUAAAAAUCAGAAGGGAAAAAUGCAGAGAGAAGAGACAACACAAUCUCUGCUUUUGGAAGAGGUAGCAAACUAAACUUUCAUCAUUGUCAGCAGAUCUUUGGAAGAACUGCUCCUGGAAGGUAGCAGCUGACGACAUGUUCCAAGCUUCUAUCACUCCUUUGCACUGGAAUAGCUGACACUGAAAAACAGAUAGGCAAGGUGUAGGGAGGACAGUAGAAUGCAUAGACUCUGCCACAGGGGAGCAGUGUUGUGGGGAGAUGAAGUAGAGGGAAUGAAAUGCCCACACUGCAUGGUUAAUGAGGACAACCAAACAAUUGGUAAUGGGAGCAGCAGAGCAUAUGAGGGCACCAAGAUUCCCAAGGCAUGUGUGAAUGCUCUACAGAGGAUAUCUGUAUUACCCAGAUAGGUCCUUGACUUUCCCAAACUAGUAUGGGGACCAAUGGUCCCUAUUUGCCAGAACAAAGAAACUGUAAUCUAUAUUUUGAGUGGUAUGUCUUUAACAGUUUCACUAUUGGAGAAAUCAUUCUGUUCUCAAUCACAGUAAGAAGGCAGGGCAGACCACCUGCUUAUCUUUAAGGAAGUCAAAACCAGAGCAUAGAAACAAGUGUUUUUGUCCAAGUGUAGAAGUAAACAAUCUGAGCUGGAGGCCGCAGUUCCACGAGACAAACAUGCUAGCAUCCCACUACCUUUGAAAAAGCAAGGUUUUGAUGUUCACAGUGUGUUUUCACUGCUCACCUUACACAGGCUGGAGUGCUUACUGAUCUCAGUAUGUUCAGAGUAAAUCAAAGACUAUUCAAAUUACUGUCUUUGUAGAAAAACAAACCAUGAGCCCAAAACAAGGUGUAGCUUUUCACCAGAAGUUAAAUCAGCUUUGCAAUAAGCCUAGUAAACAUUGGAGGAAAGGAAGAGCUAGGGCUGUGCUGCUGAGGGCAGAAGGAGGUAGAGCUAGGGUUCCUUUCACUUGUUAAAAACUAUUAGCUGGUUAUGAAACCCCACCUGGAGAAAAUGCUUGAGGUGUGAGUAUGGAAAUGGAGUGUGAGUUACUACUGGGAAGCUACUGUUGAUAAGGAGGAAAGAAAGGUGUUGGGAGUAAAAUUGGGACGGAGCAGUUCUUUCUCUCAAAGCAUAACCAUCCCAGGAAUCUGAUAAUGUCAUUAUAAUAGGGUUGCAGCAGUGGUUUACAGGUGGAAGAAAGAUAAUGAGGCUAGACCAUCUAAAUUCAUCUAGUACUGGCUUGGUUAUAUCAGAGAUGACAUUUCAAGUUAGCUUAAAGAUAGGUGAUGUACAAGUGUUGCUGUAGGAAUAGUGAGGUAUUUCUUCAUUUUCUGUUCAGUGUAUAAAUUGAAAUGUCUUGCCAGUCCUGAAGGUUUAACAGAAAGUAAAGAUCAUAGGGGACCCAAAUGCUUGUGAUAAUUUUACAAGAGUGACUGCUAUCUAAAGGGAUGCAUUUAAUCUGUGCAUUUCAAAAGGAAAUCUCUUGAUGUUUUAUUGCCAUUUUAAAUGCAUCUGCAGAUGAAAAGUAAAGUUACUGCUGUAGAACAUUUAUUCUUGCAUUCUCUGGAAUUACUUGUAUACCUGGGCUCCUAAAUCUAAACUAAUAACUACAGAGAUGUUAAAGAGAGUAGAUCUGUGGCUUAUGAAGGGUAUUCCAAAAGUCACCUCAAUCAUAACAUUGGGAAUAAAACUUCAUCUUCCCUUGUUUUGUUUAGAUACAUCUAUGUGCUAGCAUGUAAUUAGCUUUAUCUAGCAGUUGUAAGUUGUGUUUCUUACUCUCUUGUUAACAGCUAGCAAAAAAUAUUACUUGAUAACCAUAGACAAACUGUGAAGUUUCAGCUUAAAGGAAACAGAACAUUUUCUGGUAAUGAAUCACAGAUGAAACCACUUUUCUUCCUUCUGAAUCAAAAAUUCUGUUAAGAGUAAACAUUAAUACUAAAUGUGUGGAAAGAGGGGGGUGGAAGGAAUUCACGAUGGAAGCAGUGACGGAAUGUUUACUAAAGCAGUGCUAUACUGAAUAAUGAAAGGCUUACUGAAAUCAACAGCACAUUUUCAGAUGCAGUAAGCACAUGCAGCACAGUUACUGUGACAAGCCUUGAUAAUAGAGCAGUGUCAGCAUUUCACAGGCUCCUACCUUCUCAUUUUGGAGUCCUUCUGCCAGUACCUGGAAUAACUGUAGAGCCAAACAUAAUUCUAGGCAUAAUGUGACUUCAUGGGAGUUUGAGUUAGUAUGACUUUAAGCUUGGAAAGUGAUAAAAUUUCCACUGUGACUAAACUGUUUUAAAAACUAAACUCUUCUGUACCACGUAGUGUGAAAACGAAGUAAAAUUUUUGUUAGGAAUCUAAACUGUAAUUAGUGUUUCCUUGCUGGCUUAGAAAGUUCAAAGUGAUGCUAUUUUUCCAACCCACUGUUACCCUUUAUAUCAAAGUCUGAACUCCAGUACGGUGCAAUUAGGUCAAUAAGGUGUUUUUUCUGCCCCCCUCCCCAAGAGUGGAGUAGAGGAGGAGAAUCACCUCCCUUGACCUGCUGGCCAUACUUCUUUUGAUGCAGCCCAGGAUACAAUUGGCUUUCUGGGCUGCGAGCACACAUUGCCGGCUCGUGUCCAGCUUUUUAUCCACUGGUACCCCCAAGUCCUUCUCCGCAUGGCUGCUCUCAACCCCUUCAUCCCCCAGCCUGGGUUGAUACUGGGGGUUGCCCCGAUGCAGGGGCAGGACCUUGCACUUGGCUUUGUUGAACCUCAUGAGGUUCAGAUGGGCCCACUUCGAGCUUGUCUAGGUCCCUCUGAAUGGCACCCCAUCCCUCAGGUGUGUCGGCUGCACCACUCAGCUGUAUAGAAAGCUGUUCUUUCACAUACUUGGUUCUGUAAUGUCCUUACAAUAUCUACAGAAUUUUUACUUGGAAAGGACAAUACUUAUAUAACUACCUGUAACACAACUACUGUUUGGUUUUUUGGGGUUUUUUUUGGCAACUGUUUUAAUUUGAACUCCUUACCAGUUAUUUCUCUCUCUGCAGUAACUCUCAUGUACAAAUUAUACCUUCCAGUUCUCCAGCUCUCUGGUCUCCUAUUUGUAUCAUUCCCUCUCCUAGGUGCCCCUUCCUUACAUGCUAUGUUUUUGUCACCCAGGUCCUUCUUUCCAAAGCCCAUGGUAUUUACUCCUCCAUUGAUAGCCUGUGGGCAGGCAUAGCUCUUCUCCUGCUGAGAUCUAGUAGCUCUGAAGCUAUUGGUUUUGGAACCUACAGAUAGCUCCUCAUUUCUUCCUUGUAUCACCAUACUAAAGGUUGUGAAGCUGUACAGUGUCUAGUAAAUGUGAUGUAUAACUUUCUGGCUAAAAUUAAGGUAAAGAAAUGACAGCACUGCCUGUUUGUGACAGGAAUUUUUAUUGUACUUGUUUGUUAAUUGAGAAAGAGGAACAUAUUAGCUCAAUUCAACAUGAUCAGCAUCUUGUUCCUGCUUAGGAUAAGCCAUCAAAUCCACUGUUCCCAAUACUAAUUUAAUGUUUUUAUUUUUCUUAAACUAACACUUCAAAACAGAAUAAAUGCGUAUUCUUCUUUUCA